AUGGUCGACCGGCUGCCUGCGCGCCUUGCCACGCUCGCAAAGUCGCUUGCGAUCACACGCGUCCCGUGUGCAAGUGAUCCGGGUCGCCAAGCCUACUUUGGCUACACAAGUCACAACACAGUGUUUGAAGAGACUGAAAAUGUCCUGGCGCUCUUGGGAGACAGGCCCACCUGCCUCGAGCCGUCCACGCCUGACGCGACGCCAACGCGAAGUCUUUUCCAGAAUUUGCCCGUGCCGCUCAGAGAAGCUGGCUGGAUCGUGCUCCGAAGCUUGCCCGGGCAGAUCAACGGCAGAUUUGCCUACAAAGGACCGAUCAAGGGUCCUCAGGGGUGGUCGUAUCAUGCCGCUGAACGAAUCCUCGAGUUGCUGCAGGGCGUCACUGAGCUCGACGCGCUAGGCGAGAUGCUCUGCCGCAACUCGAGCAAGGCGCUCCAUGACAAGAUUGAUCCACAAGAAUGGAUUGCGCAAUUCACGGGCAAGAAUCUCCGCUGGGAGUCAAUCGGUCUGGUGUGGGCCUACGCCGUAAAUAUUGGGGACAUCAUGGCCGCCAGGCAAACUCGUUGUAUCGAAUGGGAGGGCGAAGAGUCGCUGAAGACGGCCACCGAGUGCUUGGGAUACUGCAUUGAGUUGGGGCGGCAUUUCACCGAUGCGAACGAUCUCCUCCUUGAUCUGUGCCGAAGGCGGGCCAUUGCCGCCACAUUCUUGGAAGGCGAUGCCAGCUUGUCCGCGUAUACGCAUCACGCCGUAAGCGUCCAGAUGCUGACGUACUUGGGCCUCCACGCCAUGGAGGAUAGUGCCUAUGUGCCUUCCAUCUGUUCGGAGAACCAGCGACAAUUGGUGUACAGGAUAUUCGGCAACGACACCAUGGGAGUUGCCUUUACGGGCAGGCCCCCUGCAAUGACCCGACGGUUCAUAUCGACACCUCUGCCGUUGGAUAUCCCCGAAGAGGUGCUUGCCGGUGAUCCAGGAGAGCUUGUUCGAUAUGCAGCGACUCUUGAUGAGAAUGGCUGGAACACAAGGAGCGAGUUGUGCUCUGCAACGGUGCUCCGAGCCCGGGUUAUAGUGGCACUCGUGCGCGACGAAAUCAUGGAGAUCGCCGUCGGUAAGGGGGUGUUUGUGACGCUGGAGCAGCUGGAGGCGAUCAAAACCCGUGCUCUGGGGACAAUGGCUCACUGGCCUAGGCAUAUUGUGUACAACCCAGACAGCAAAGCCGACCAGUGGGUCCAAUAUACCCGUGUCGUGCUGCGGCUGGACCAUCUGCAGAACGUCUUCUUCGUCGAGCGCCUGCUGCUGAGACACGGGAAGCCAGAUACCGGCGAUUUGCUCUCGGUGAGCUUCGACAUGGUGUCCUUGACCCUGAAGCUGUGGACGAACAAGGAUAGGUUUCCGCACCCCGAGAUGUUCCGCAACUUCGACUGGCUACUCAUGGCGUAUGGUGCGCCUGGGGGCGGCAUUCUGUGUCAGGAGUUGCUGUAUCCGAAGUUUGUGGCUGCCCAUCCAAAUCAUGGCCGCUUGACGCGCUCGAGCUUGGUGCAGCAGCUUAGUUUGCUGGUGGGCUUUCUCGACUGGGUGCGUCCUGAUGCGCCAAACUCCCAGCUGUGCUGCGAUGCGAAGAAGGUGGUGGAGAGGGUUCUGGAUCACCAGCUGAAUGGUCACCAAGUGAAUCACGACUGGGGGGUGAUGGCGCAGCCGGAUUUCAACUUUGACUUGCUGGACACAUUCGAGUGGCUAAGAGAGGGUUGA